AUGGAUUAUGGAGCCGUUGGAGAUGGUGUACAAGACGAUAGUCCCGCGUUUUCAAAAGCAUGGGCAGACGUAUGUGCUGUUACAGGUGACACUCCUACACUAACUGUUCCGGUGUUUCAAUUGGGAGCCCAAACACUAACAAUACCAACAGGGAAGACAUUCCUAUUAACUCCAAUUGCUUUCAAUGGUCCUUGCAAAUCAAGCAGCAUUCAUGUUGAGAUCCAAGGAAAAUUGGUGGCACCCGACAAACGCGAUAAAUGGAAAAAGUGUGAAGCAAACUGUUGGAUAGUUUUUGCAAGCAUUGAGAACCUAAUUGUAGAAGGAUCAGGAGAGAUCAAUGGCAAAGGAUCAAUUUGGUGGCAGGCUUUAUGUUUGGCAAAUUGCAAUGGUCUUGAAUUAAAAGGACUAACUCAUGUAGACAGUCCCAAAUGUCAUAUAUCAAUUAGUGGUUGUAAUAAUUCAAUUAUCUCUAAUCUUCAUAUUUUGGCUCCUGAAAACAGCCUCAAUACUGAUGGUAUUGAUAUUGUUUCUUCAUCUCAUCUUCAUAUAAGUGAUUCCAUUAUCCAAACAGGUGAUGAUUGUAUAGCAAUAGGAUCAGAGACAUCAUGGAUUAACAUAACCGGGAUCACUUGUGGACCAGGCCACGGUAUAAGCAUUGGAAGUUUGGGAAAGGACGGCGAAAUUGCUAGAGUAGAAGAAAUUCAUGUAAGAAAUUGCACUUUUAAUGGAAGUUUAAACGGCGCGAGAAUCAAGACAUGGCAGGGAGGAAAGGGUUAUGCAAGAAACAUAAUAUUUGAAGAAAUCCCUUUGAUAGAUGUUGGAAACCCGAUAAUAAUAGACCAAUAUUACUGCAAUGGAGAUCAUACAAAAUGUGCAACGUCAGCAGAGAAAUCGGCUGUGGCGGUAACGGGUGUAAGCUAUAGAGGAUUUCAUGGAACAUCAACAACAUCGGCAGCAAUAAGUUUAAAUUGCAGCAACACAGUUGCUUGCACAGGAAUCGUGAUGGAGUCCAUCGAUAUUAAAUCUUCAAAUGGUUCAAAUGAUACUUUUGCCUUUUGCAUUAAUGCUCAUGGAAAACAAUCAGGUGUUUCACCUCAAGUUCCUUGCCUAACUCCAUGAGUUCUCAAAUUCCUCAGCUCGUUAUUUCUAGUUUAGCCUAAAAUUUUAAAAAAAAAUCUUCAAUUGUUAGUACCAAUUUUUAGAGAUUAGGCUUAAUUA